UUGAACAUAACCUCAAAUUUCCUCAAGUAUGUGAUAAGUGAUAAUCUAACAAUGGUUAGCUUUUACAAAUGAAUUAAUUUACCAAAUAAUAACGUUUUCUGUCCAAGUUUGAAUCAACUUAUACCUGACGAAUAACGGAACAAAGAGUUAUUUGAAAUGAUAGCAAAGCCCUCCGCAGGACAGUCUGGUAGUAGAGUUGCACCAAGUGGAAGUCAAAGCAGAGUCAGUCAUGACAGCUACAGUCACCAAAAAUACAAUCAUCCUAAUCAGCCUGUGAACCCACCAAACCCAACAUUACCUUUCCCUGCCUCGCUCACUCCUUCUGCAACUCCUCCGCAAACUCCUCAUAUGUUAUCAGCGAAAGAAAAACAAAAGUAUAUUGAAAAUUACGAUUUCAAAUUCUGUGAUGAAGCCUCCAAGUAUGAAAAACUCACUAAAAUAGGUCAAGGAACAUUUGGGGAGGUCUUUAAAGCGAAAGAUAGAAAUGAUGAAAAAAGAAUUGUUGCAAUGAAGAAAAUCCUCAUGGAUAAUGAGAGGGAAGGAUUCCCUCUUACUGCCUUGAGAGAAAUUAGAAUCCUGCAACUUCUGAAACAUGAAAAUGUAGUGAAUCUUUUGGAAAUCUGCAGAACUAAAGGCACUUUUGAAAAUCGUUUUCGUCCAACCUUUUACCUGAUAUUCGAGUUUUGUGAACAUGACCUCGCUGGUCUCCUUUCCAAUGUCAAUGUCAAAUUCAGCCUUGGAGAGAUAAAAAAAGUCAUGAAACAGAUGCUUGAUGGUCUCUAUUACAUUCAUAGUAACAAGAUACUUCACAGAGAUAUGAAAGCUGCGAAUGUUUUGAUAACUAAAUCUGGUAUUCUAAAAUUAGCUGAUUUUGGAUUAGCAAGACCUUUUAGUCUUGCAAAGAAAGAUGCACCGAACAAGUACACAAACCGAGUGGUUACUUUGUGGUAUCGGCCACCAGAAUUAUUGCUCGGUGAUCGCAACUAUGGCCCACCAGUUGAUUUAUGGGGAGCUGGUUGUAUCAUGGCAGAAAUGUGGACACGGUCGCCAAUUAUGCAAGGAAAUUCUGAACAACAACAGCUCACUCUAAUUUGUCAACUUUGCGGCUCGAUAACGCCAGAAGUUUGGCCUGGUGUCGAAAGCUUGCCGCUGUUUCAGACAAUGCAGUUAGCCAAGAAUCAAAAAAGAAAAGUAAAAGACAGAUUGAAACCUUACGUCAAGGAUCCUUUUGGCUGUGAUCUUCUAGACAAAUUACUAAUCCUUGACCCUAGUAAGCGUUUCGACUCAGAUUCAGCACUGAAUCACGACUUUUUCUGGACAGACCCAAUGCCGUGCGAUCUCUCCAAAAUGUUGGCUCAACAUACUCAAAGUAUGUUUGAGUACAUAACUCCACGUCGGCAAGGGCAUGCAAGAGCUCAUGCUCACCACCAAGCAAAUAUGAACCUAAAUAAUGCAAGGCCACCUGUUGCAGCCAUGGAUACGACGUACAGAGAUCGGCUUUACUAGCAUCAGCUUUAUCCACACACGGUGCACAAAUAGUUGGCAAGUGUGUGGAAGUUCUUUAUCUAGACUCACUUUACCUUUUCCAUAAUUUAUAUACAGUAAUUCCUUUAUCAUCUGGCCACUGAUUAUAAUAUCAGUUAUGCAGUGCUAUUUUUUGCUUUUUUUUUCUUUUUUUUUUUGGAGUUUCUGCUGCUCAUGAUGUCCAGUAGUUUCAACCAUUCAGCAUUUUUGACACCUGGAGCAGGGCUCUGCCCCAAAUUGCCAGAUAUUCAGGGUAUUACUGUAUUAUAACGCUCCAAUGCGCUUACCAUUGAGUUUGUCACAUCUACCUCCAGUUUUUAACCAAGAUUCUUCGGAAAAUAUUAAUUGUGAAAAUUAAAUAUUAAAUGCAAAACUUCGAAGACUUUUUUCAGAGAGAUUACAAAAUUGAAAAUUGUACUUUUUACUGUUUACACCCCCAUUUUAUACAUAGUACUUUUACUGGUAUAAAAUUGGUAGUCUACAUAUUGACAGAGUACCCAUGGGGAGGUUUUAAGGUGCUUGCGCAUUUUUUGUACUUAACAUUCAAACUAAAAAGACAUCUUCAUAUAUAUGUAUGAAGUAACUAUUUUUGCGAUUCAUUGAUCCAGAGAAUUUUGAAAGUAAAAAUUAUGAUGAGAUAAAACUAAAAGGAAUAUUAUACGUCUCUUGCUGCUUCCAUUUUUGCUAAAAAUUGUUGCGUUGCACCUUAAGUGCUUAUAUUAGUUCCUAAAGCCUUUAGUCAAACUCUCGUCAUGGAUCUACCAAAAGAAAUCAGUGACGCAGAAGGUAAAUCACCCUCCUUGCAUAGUUGAGGCUAUAUAUUAUUAUCUUUAUUCAAAUUUUGGUGACAGAAAAGAUGUCUCGAGUGUUCGUGAGUAGAGAGAGGUGUCAGACUGUUUAGAAACCGAGAAAGUCAGAGAGGAAAGGUGCAUACCAGGAGAGUCACCAACUCCCUUGCAAGAUUUUGUUUUUUCCAUAAAUUUUUGGCACAGCACUCUCUCAGAGUCUGUCGUGAAUUUUCUCUUUGUAAAUUCGAGCCUUCACUGAUCUGCACUGGUGCUUUGUUCUGAACUGUAAUCAUUAUCAUAUCUCUUUAGAUUCAGAGGGACCCAGAAUGAUCCAAGAAAACCUGAAAAGUCAGGAAAAAAUGAAAGAGAAUUUUGGUAGACACCCUGUGUGUGCAAUAAAGACCUAACUGUAUUAAUCAAACUUGUAAAAUAUCAUUCAAGAAGUUUACCUCCUAAACGAAGAGGUCAAACCAUUCAGUCUCGGUGCAAUUUUUUCUCCCGCCGAAUUCAAAGAAAUUUUCCAUUUUUCAAAACUGAGUCAUCAGAAUUUUUACUUUUUAGUAUAAAAGUUUCACUGCAGCAUUUAAUGCGGAAUGAAGUGCUGAGUACUUAAGUGCGUGGAAUGUUAUAUCCGUUCAGUGAAAUUUUAUUAUUAGCUUAUCUUAUUUGCAGACACAAUUUUGAUAUCCAUUGUACCUUCUGAACGCCUUUUCAUUGUGAUAAAAUUGAAAAUAUUGAGCAUGUGUGAUUUUUUUUUAUAAAAUUCAGAGGGUGCGCGAGGCGUGGAAAGACAACUUUUUGAGAAAGUGGAUGAAGCUGAUUCAGGCCCUCAUGUAGUAUUGAGACGGAUCUCAGCUAUAGCUUCCCGCCUAAAGUUUCUUCUCUGAAUUUUUUAGUCCAUAGUAAAACGUUAUUUUUAUUUUAAUUAUUUUUAUUGGUUUUAACUUAAGUUGAUUACCUGAAGUGUUCAGCAAUUAUGAAUACAGAUCUUAAUACAGCUAGAGGAGGUGUAACUCGUGUAACUCUUCCAAGUAGUCGGAAUUAGGUUUUUGCCAAAUAAAACGCCCUCAUUUUCUGUGUCAUUGCUACUGUUGACCGAAAAGCAAACAAAACCUCUCAAGACGAUCAAGUUUUUUAAAAAUGUAGUAUUUUCAUCAAUAAUAGUGAGGAAAGAAAGAAACAGUAUGUACCUAAUUCACAGAAGGGUGCUGAAAUGAAGUUGGAUAUCAAAUCAAUAAAAAUUAGUCCCAGAAAAUCCUAAUUUUGGCAUCCUAUGAACUGUUCUUUGUAACUGUAUGAAGAAACUGUAGUUAUAUCUCUUGCCAUGGUCAUAUAACACAAAGUAUACCACACAAAAUUUUGGAUGAAACCGAACGAUGUAGAUUAAUUGGGUUCUUUUCAUUUGUGAAAAGUCUUUCUCAUUGAUCUGUUCUCAGUAGAAACAAUUCUAACUAAAACUCAAAAUGUUUAACCUUCACAGUGUUGACUAUUAUUAACUUUAAAAUUUUGGACAUCGAAAUUUGUGUAAUGACAAUGCUAAUCUAAGUUGUUCAUUUUACUCAUCAGAAAUAUUUUUCGGAAAACAAAAAGAGGUUUUCUACCCUGUUUUUUUUUUUUUUUUUUUUUUUUUGUAUUGUUUGAGUUGUGUUUAUUUUUAUCAGACUACUUUUUGGAACAAUAACUGUGCAUAAAAAACCUGUCUCAAAAGAAUGCACCAAUGUGCUAUCGCCUUUACUUUUAGAUAAACAUCUGCUUAUUUUAUUUUGAUCUUUAAAAUUUCCCAGUGCCAGUCUGUCCUAUAACUUUUAAACAAAGCUGCCUGUGCAAAACUGUUUGAUGUCCACUUUUUCUCAAUUUAGCAAAUUUUUUGAAGUAUUUAACUCCCAGUUUUCUGGCAGAAGGCCUGUCAACUAAUUACAUUGAACUUUUUUGCACAAGCUAGUCCAACUGGCGUCUCGCUUUUUUUUGUCAUGAGGCUUUAGCCAGGUUGUGUUUAUUCAAAUAAAGCGUAUUUUGUUCUA